AUGGCCACCGCUCUACCGUAUGUGAACCGGCAAAACGGAAUGAACAACCAGUCGAAUGGUUCCUUAUCCAACCAACGAGCAUCUCUCGCAUCAUUUCCAUCGUCACGAUCCCCCUCACAAAUGUCACAAACCUCUCGUCAGGCGCGGUCGCCCCAGCUGCCCGUGACCGACACCGACCACACCUCGGACCCGAGUUCCAAGUCCAAAACGCCAUCGCUGGCCCCAUCAUCUCAGCACUCGAGCUUGUCAGCUCCACGAAGAUUAGGAGCGGACGCCCGAUCAUCGAGAAAGCUCAAAUCGCAGUACCCCCGAGGGUCAGCCGAUAAUCAUGUCGAAUAUAUCCUGGUGGCUUCGUUCGACAUUGACCGGGGUCCAGUAAUGGAACACCAGUAUCCAGUCGCCAUCACCGGAGACGAGAACAUGCUGGCAGAACUUAUGCUUCCCGAUCAAGCACAUGCUCGAAAUCAAGACUGGACCAUAUUCUUCUUGCACAAAGACACCAGUCAGGAAGAAGAGGAUGCUGAGAGGCAGGCAAAGGAGCGUAGGCGACAAUUACGCAGAAGGCGGAGAAACAGAGCCGCGGGAGUUGUCACGGAAGCUGACGACGGGGAUGUAUUUGACGAUGACGACGAUGAAGAUAUAGAGGAUGAUGAAGACGAUGAUUUGGAUGACGAGUCGACUGAUAGCGAGCCUGAAGGCGGAGAAGGGCCGCCAUUGAUUUAUGUCUUGAACCUCGUGAAUACCAAACAUGACAAGUCUGUGAAGCGUGGUGCGAUUGUCAAGGCCAUGGCUAUUUGCACGCGGCAUCCAUUUUUACACAUUUACAAGCCCCUGCUCUUACUUGCGCUGGAGGAAUAUUUCAAGUCACCGGUCCCUGAAACCCUUUCUAUGCUUUACGACGCCGUCAACGCCAUGGACCUGUCGCUUAUGCCGCGGCUCAGCAUCCUCGAGAGACAUCUCUUGUUAGCUAGUGAAAACCGAGACCUGUUUGUGGAAAAGUUUGAGCAGAUGAUACAGAUAAGAUUGGUCGAAGACAGGGCAGACGGGUUGGCAGACGGACAGGUUGAUGAUUCAAGGAGUCCUGCUAAACCACAGGGCAUAUCUCGAGCCGGUACGAAAGCUCACGUCGAGGGUGGAAGCCAGGCGCUAUACUCUGUGCCUAGAGACACGCAUGAGUUUGAGAGCAAAGUCAUGUACAAAGGAAUUCCUAUUCCCAUCAAGGUCCCCACAGCCGUUAUGCCCGAGACCGUUGGCGACUUCUCCUUGAUCAAGCUCAUCCAGAACUUUUCCGAGACGCACGCAAAGUCACCACAGCCGUUUGCACUUCAUCCUCACUUGACCACGAACGGCUCAGGCACGCAUCCCAUCAUUGUCUUGGUCAACGGGCUAUUAACACAAAAGCGAAUCAUUUUCUUGGGCCACAACAUGCCAUCAGGCGAAGUUGCAGAAGCUGUACUGGCUGCCUGUGCACUUGCGUCUGGCGGGUUAUUGCGAGGGUUCACUCGGCAUGCAUUUCCCUAUACCGACCUGACCAAAAUCGACGAUCUAUUGAAUGUCCCCGGAUUUAUUGCUGGUGUCACCAAUCCAACUUUCGAAAUGCACCCUGAGUGGUGGGACAUACUCUGCGACCUGCCAAGCGGUCGUAUCAAGAUUAGCAGCAAGAUCGAACCGGCUGCCGUCACUGAGGGUUUGCUAUACUUUCAGCAGCAGAAUCCAACAUUGGCGACUAUUGCCAGUGGCAACACGAACAACAGCCAGGAUCUCACGGGCGAUGGAGCAUUCAUGGCCGAUAUUUUGAAGAGUAUCGCCAUACGUCAUGGCGAGAGAGUGAUUCGAGCCAAAUGGAGGGAUUGGGUCAAUAAAUUUACACGCAUUGCAGCCCAGUUUGAGGAAAGCGUGUACGGAGCAAGUGCAUUGUACAUUGGUAGCGAGGACCAAGGGAUGACACUUCCCGGCGCCAGCGGCCACGGCUAUGUCUGGUCAGAUGACGCGGCGAAAAAUAAGGAACUCGCCGGAAAUGUGACUCGAAUCGAGGGCUGGCGAAACACGCGAAGCUACUACAGCUACAUUCAGGACCUCGCGCAAGUAUACACGGUUCGACCUCUAAAGGGACUAGACUUGGCACACAUGCACGACCGCUUACGGAUGCAACGGCUGUCGCCUACUCAAAGCAAGGACAUUUAUCUUACCCUCUCCAAAUACAUCCACUCAUACGACGAGAUAUGUCUCCUGCUAAAUGUGGCGCCCGAGUCGCACGCCGGCCUAUUCUACCUCGCCCUCGGACUAUUCCACCAAGAUCGCGAGGUACGUCUCAAGACGAGCGAAUUGCUUAGUCGUGUUGCGGAACACGAAGCAGGACAGCACUGGUGGAAGGGCCUCAGUCGCUUUGAGAAAUUGGCGUACGAGCGUAUCCGCAGAGAAGUGGACGUGGAGAUGCGCGCAAAACUAGAGAAGGAAGGGCUCAGUCCCAGCAUUGAGCGGAGAAUCAGCUAG